AUGGAGCGGCUGAACAACGACCAGGCCAUUCCGGUCAGGCACGGUUCAAAUAAACCAGAACCAACGAAUCCUCAAGCAAACGAGACCAAGCGUCACGCUAACGUCUACGAUGCAGUUGCAGGAAGAAUCAGCUAUGAGACAAACUUGAGCUCCGCUGUCAGCAUUGAGAAGACAUCAACAAUGGCACCCAGGCCGGCCAGGCCCAGCAGAUCCAACAGACAUUCCGUCCGCUCCACCACCCUAGCCCCGGAAGAGGUCCUGUUCCGCCGCAAAUCUGCACCCGAGCGAUUUGCUGAGUUUGACGUCUACAUGGCGCAUGAGCGAAAUCUUCCCGAUGGUGGCCGCGAGUCCUUGCCGGACAGUGAUCUUCUCAAAGCCGUGCACUCAUAUGCCAGCCAUUUUUAUUUCGGCCAGAAGCGCAGCGCAGACUUCCAAGUUGGGGCACGGAACAUAGAUGAGCGAAGCAUGGAUGAAUCUGCUCUGCUCGCUUUUGGCAUACUGCUUGAGGAGGCCGGCAGAGAGAUUUUGGGGACUAAGGGAGACAUGGUGUUCACUGAAGGCCUUGACAUUUCCUCAGACGCCGAACCAGCAUCAGAAGCACACCCUGUGGCUGUCAAUGGCCUGGUACAUUCUGUGAGCGACAGUUCCGUUCGUCCACCCGUGUCAGUGGGAUUCACCGACCUUGGGUCCUGGAAAAGACCCCAGAAGAGGCGCAAAAUGACCGAUCUCGAAGACGCCUGA